UCAGCGAGACCGGGCUGCAAUUUCAACCCACGAUCAGCGGGAAUUAAAACUAUCGCAGCACCAACUUCGGGAACAGAUAGGCGUGCUCCUAAACAAAAAGGCAGUUUCUCUCUUAUUUUUGUGAAAUCAAGGUAACCAAUAAAUUGAUCAGCGGGAGCCAGCCCGAUAGUGAAUACUCGCAGACAGUAAUCGGCUGGGGUACCAUCAGUGAAACGUGUUGCUGUCUUACCCUGAUGAGUCAUUCUGGAUAAGGGAUCUACAGCGGAACACUGUGAAGUCCCGCUUUUCCAGAAAGGCACUCGUUACUGGUCCAGUUGUACCGACCCACCUCUCAGUAAAGACCGGCAAGUUCUUUACAAUGUCGAGGCACCCGGGACACUAUCUGUAACGAUCCUUAGGCUCCAUCCGUUGACCAGGUACUUGGAUGUGCGGGCGAUGCGAGCCAUCUGUUGAGAUUUGCCGGGAUUGGAAGGCUAACGCCGAGACAACUUUCCAAGGAUACCAUGAGAAGGUUGCUUUGAAAUCCGGCCCGAAUUUGAUGGAAUUUUCUUAUUUUCUUUCGCACGUUGCGAAUGAUAAACUGCGGGCAACCGAUGAGUAUUUGACCCCCUCCCCGCGGUAGGGUUGAGAAGAGAACCGUCUUACUCACAAUGGCAUCGGAAGUGGUGUGUGGCCUAAUCUUCAGACUGCUUCUGCCCAUCUGUUUAGUAGCUGCAUGUUUGUUUCGAUACAAUGGACUAUCAUUUGUCUACCUCAUCUUCCUCCUCCUUAUUCCACUCUUCUCCGAACCUACAAGAAAGACAAUGCAAGGACAUACAGGCCGCUUACUGAAAACCCUGUGUUUCACAAGCCUCACCUUUCUGCUGCUUCAUGCCUUGUUUCAAAUUACCAUAUAUAGCCUACAGGUUAAUAGGAAAAUCAAGCCAGGAUUCAAUUGUACGGAUUGGGAAAAGACCUUCAGACAGUUAGGAUUUGAAAGUGUGAGUGGGGCAGAUGCUGGGAACAUUAUUAGACUCUUUGCUCCAGAUGUUGGAAUGUUUGUUGCUGGCUUGGCUACAUGGCUCGUCUGUAAAAGUUUAGUUCAGCAACCACCAACAGAGGACAUGGCACAGUACAACCCAGAGUUCCAGAGUGAAGAACUGGAAGAGGAAAAGCUUGAACUGGAUGAAGCUCUAAUUUAUGAGGAAGAUUUUGAAGUCACAAACAUGGUUGAAGAAAUGGAAGAGGGAACUAGGCAAAAUAUUCUUCGCAGAAUAGCAACAUACGCAUCACUAUUAAAAGAAUUUAUUGGCAAUAUCAUAACAACCACUGGAAAAGUAGUUGUUACCAUUUUACUUGGUUUAACAGGUAUAACACUACCAUCUCUGACCUCAGGUGUAUACUUCUUUGUAUUUUUGGGGUUAUGCACGUGGUGGUCCUGUGGGAAACAGUUUGAUCCGCUGAUAUUCAGCUGUUUGUGUGUAUUGAUGGCUAUAUUCAGUGCAGGACACCUAAUUGGACUCUACCUUUACCAACUGCAAUUGUUUCAAGAACUUGUCCCACCGGGUGACUUCUAUGCAAGGUUGUUUGGUGUAACACCAGUGAUUCAGACAAACUGCACAACAACGUGGAAGAUUAUAGCCAAUCCCAACAUGUCUUGGCCCCAACACGUCAAUCCUAUAAUGCUGUUAUUAUUGUAUUAUACGUUGGCAACGCUCAUCCGCCUCUGGCUUCAGGAACCGAUUGUAACGAAUAACCAAGAGGAAGACAACAAUGAAAAUGAGGAAGAAGGAGAAAAGGACCUGCUUAGAAAUGAUUCACCAGUCACUGCUGAAGUGAGACGUAGUCUGUGGUAUUCAGCGCAUUACGCAACAGAUGAAAGAAGGCUCCUUACGAUUACCCAUGAUGACUCCAACUUCUCUGAUUCCUUGAUAAUGACAGUGAAUGGGAAUCCUUCAGACUACAAUGGAGUGCAAGGUGAAAAUGGUCCAGUCUCACUAGAGAUGUACUCCACUCCACAAUACAAAUGGGAGGUGGGAAAUGUAUCUCCUGACAAAGAGAAAGAAGAAAGUAUUGUGGAAGAACCAGUUAACAGCAGACUCAACAGCCUUAUCACUAUUUUCCGUUUCAUUAUGAAGCAGAGUUAUAUCUGUGCACUCAUUGCCAUGAUGGCCUGGAGUAUUACCUACCAUAGCUGGCUCACUUUUGUGUUGUUGAUUUGGUCAUGUGUGCUGUGGAUGUUGCGAGACCGUCGACGAUAUGCAAUGCUCACAUCUCCAUUCAUGGUCUUCUAUGGAAACAUCCUGCUAACCCUACAAUAUAUCUGGAGUCUCGACCUUACUAAAGAUGAACUUCCUGAGCCAUCUGGAGUACUGAAAAAGAUGGAGACACCAUGUGUUGAAUUGGGUUCAAAGAUCCUGUGCGCGUUGACCUUUUGGCUUUUGCUCCGUCAAAAUAUUACUGAACGUCGUGAAGCUGAAAAGAACAAAGGAUCUCUCUUAUCAGAAGUCAGAGUGGAAGAAAGUGAAGAUAGCCAGCAAGGCAAAGAGAUAAUGAAAGUAUUAGGAAACCUGGUGAUGGGAAUGUUUGUCAAAUAUUGGAUUUACAUCUGCGGUGGAAUGUUUUUCUUCGUGAGUUUUGAAGGCAAGAUUGUCAUGUACAAGAUUAUCUACAUGAUGCUGUUCCUGUUCUGUGUGGCUUUAUAUCAGGUGCAUUAUGAUUGGUGGCGGCGGAUCUUGAAGUAUUUUUGGAUUAUUGUUGUCUCCUACACAAUGCUGGUUUUGAUCCUCGUGUAUACCUAUCAGUUUGAUUCAUUCCCGUCUCUGUGGCAAAACAUGACUGGAAUGGAUAUUGAAAAAUUGAAGGAUCUUGGAUUGGAGAAAUUCACAGUUGCGGAUCUGUUUACUAGCAUUUUCAUCCCCACAUCUUUCCUGCUCGUGUGUAUAUUGCACCUUCAUUAUUUUCAUGAUCGAUUUCUGGAGCUCACUGACCUUAAAGCAGUGACCAGCAAACAGGAGAGCACUAUCUACAGGUUAGUGAAUCAGGAUGGAAGCCUGCCUGACAUCGGCAUGAUGAACAUCAACACCAGUUCUCAGAAAGAGGAAAGAACAGAUGACAAAAAGACAGAGGAGGGUGAAGAGGAGGAGGAAGAGGAAGAUUCGAGAGAAGAAAAGACAAAUAAAUGGCACCUGGUAAUUGACCGUCUGACUGUGCUGUUCCUAAAAUUUAUGGAGACGUUCCAUAAACUACAAAUAAUGGCUUGGUGGAUUUUGGAACUUCACAUAAUCAAAAUUGUGUCAUUUUACAUCAUUUGGAUUACAUUGAAAGAGGUUUCCCUGCUGAAUUAUGUCUUCUUAAUCUCGUGGGCCUUCGCUUUGCCUUAUGUAAAAUUACGUCCUCUGGCAUCAAGUAUCUGCACAGUCAUGACCUGCAUAAUCAUUGUUUGUAAAAUGUUAUAUCAAUUAUCAUCUGUUCAACCUUUAACCUACUCUUCAAACUGUACAAUUCCUCAACUCAAUGAGACCAAUGUAGAGAGUGCUGAGAGAUUGAACAGCUCGAUUCUCUACUCUAGCCCGGUGGAUCCCGCAAAUUGGAUUGGGCUCAAGAAGUCUUCUCCUCUUCUAGUGUACCUUAAGAACAACCUAUUGAUUCUUGCUGUUUUAGCAUUUGAAGUGACUGUCUAUCGCCAUCAGGAAUAUUUUAGACUUCGCAAUAAUCUUCCACCUCCAGUAACAAAAACGAUCUUUCAUGACAUCACAAGACAACAUCUGGACAAUGGGCUGGUUGACUGUGCCAAGUAUUUCAUCAACUACUUCUACUACAAGUUUGGGUUGGAGAUAUGUUUCCUCAUGACAGUCAAUGUGAUUGGCCAACGGAUGGAUCUGUAUGCCAUGCUUCAUGCCUUUUGGCUAUUUGCAUUACUCUACCGACGUCGCAGGAAAGCCAUUGCUGAGAUCUGGCCAAAAUACUGCUGCUUCCUGGCAUGCAUUCUGACCUUCCAAUACCUGCUCUGCAUUGGCAUCCCACCCGCUGCUUGCAAAGAGUAUCCAUGGAGAUUUGCUAGUGCCAACAUUAAUUCGAACUUUAUUAAGUGGUUGUACUUUCCAGAUUUCAUCAUAAAUCCUAAUCCAAUGUUUCUUAUCUAUGACUUUAUGAUGUUGCUGUGUGCGUCACUACAGUGGCAGGUGUUUGAAGAUGAAAACAAAGCUGCAGUGAGGAUCGUUGCUGGGGACAAUGUGGAGAUCUGCAGAGAUCUGGAUGCAGCGACAUUCAGUCAACACAACCCAGUACCAGACUUUAUUCAUUGCAGGUCUUACCUGGACAUGAUCAAAGUUAUUGGAUUCAGUUACUUAUUUUGGUUCGUGCUCACAAUCAUCUUUAUCACAGGAACUACCCGUAUCAGCAUCUUCUGCAUGGGUUACCUGGUUGCCUGUUUUUAUUUCCUACUUUUUGGUGGAGAGCUUUUAUUAAAACCCAUUAAAAUAAUUCUGCAGUACUGGGAUUGUCUUAUAGCCUACAACGUAUUUGUGAUCACAAUGAAGAAUAUUCUGUCUAUAGGAGCAUGUGCCUAUAUCAAUUCUUUGGUUUUGAGAGGUUGUUGGUUCAUCCAAACAUUUGGCCUCGUCUGUACUGUUAAGGGCUACGAUGAGCCCCCUCCAGAGAACCUUAAGAAAUGCCCAUUGCCAAGUGGUGAAGCAGGCAUUAUAUGGGAUAGUAUAUGUUUCUCCUUUCUACUGCUACAGAGGAGAGUCUUUAUGAGUUACUAUUUCCUGCACGUAGUGGCGGACAUAAAAUCCGCUCAAAUACUUGCAUCAAGAGGUGCAGAACUAUUUCAAGCAACAAUUGUAAAAGCUGUGAAGGCUAGACUCGAAGAGGAAAAGAAGUCAAUGGACCAACUCAAGAGACAGAUGGAUCGCAUCAAAACAAGACAGCAGAAGUAUAAAAAAGGCAAAGAGAGAAUGCUGAGUUUGACACAGUCAGUUGAUGCGCAGGGUAAUAAGGUGAAGCAGGAAGAUGAUGAUGAUGAAGGAGAACCAGAGAAAGAGAAAGCCAAGGGCAAAAAAAAGCAGUGGUGGCGACCCUGGGUUGACCAUGCUUCCAUGGUACGGAGUGGAGACUACUAUCUCUUUGAGACAGACAGUGAGGAGGAGAAUGACGAAGAAGUCAGAGAAGAUGAAGAACUACCAAAAAGAUCAGGGUUUCAGUUCGUUUACCAGACUUGGAUGAAAAAUUCCAAAUCGGCAAUGAAGGAAAAGAAGAAGAAACGAGGAUUCGGUAAAAGAGAAAUGGAAGGUCACAUUGCAAUCGAAUGUGAGGAGUCAGAAGAAUUACCCACGCCAGAAGAAGUGCAUAAACAAUCUAAUGGACCAGAUAAUGUUUUCAAGAGGGUGUUCAACCUCCUGAAGUUCACUUGGGUUCUCUUCUUGGCUUUGGUGGAUAGUUUCACUAAAUGGCUAAAUUCAAUCUCAAAGGAAUGCAUUGAUAUAUCCACUGUCCUGAGGAUAGAGAGAUGCAUGCUUACAAGAGAAGUGAAGAAGGGAAACAUUCCAUGCCGGGACAGUAUCCAUAAUUACUACAAGCAUCAAAUGAAGCUGAACAGUUCCCGGGAGUCAGGUCUGGACAGAAGUGAUAACAGUGCCCGAUGUGCUGCCUUAGUCGUCCAUGAAGGAGCCCGAGAACUGGGUGCUCACAGAAUGGACAGCACAGACUCUGGAGCCUCUCGCGACAGCUUGUCCAGCGAGCCAACACAGUGCACCAUGUUGUAUUCACGUCAAGGGACCACUGAUACGAUUGAGGAGGUGGAAGAUGAGCAGGAUGAAGAAGCGACAGUGCCUGUGUAUACAACAGACACCAUGACUGAAGAGGUUCCUCCUUCAUACAGCAAAGCUGUGAGCCUUGAGCAUUUGACCAUUAGCUCAGAUUCUGCUGGAGGAAAGCAGAUUAUGGCACUCACCCCAGAUAGCAAAGCGGAUCUACUUGAAGACCCUAUCUUUCCAAGUCUAAGCCACGAACUAACAGCCAGUGAACUGCUUCUCAACAAGAUGUUUUAUGAUGAGGAGUUGGAAGACUCGGAGAAGUUCUACAAAGCUCAACCUCGGCCACUGCUGCUCUUCUUUGCCCUCUAUAAUACCCUGGUAGCCCGGUCAGAAAUGCUGUGUUUCUUUGUCAUUAUCCUCAAUCACAUAGUCUCAGCGUCAAUGAUUACCUUGGUACUUCCCAUCCUCAUUUUUCUCUGGGCUAUGCUGUCCGUUCCUAGGCCAAGCAAGCGUUUCUGGAUGACAGCAAUUGUGUAUACAGAGGUAACAAUUGUGAUCAAGUACUUUUUCCAGUUUGGGUUUUUUCCGUGGAAUAAGAAUUUAAGUAUAAACCGAGACAAACCUGACUUUGUGCCGAACAUAAUCGGCAUUGAGAAGAAGGAUGGCUAUGUGCAUUAUGACCUCGUACAACUGCUUGCACUGUUCUUUCACCGAUCCAUCUUAAAGUGCCAUGGUUUGUGGGAUGAAGAUGAAAAGAGUGAAAAUGCUUCUGGUAAAGAUGAGAGUGAGGAAGAUCACAGAAAUGACUGUCAAAGGAAAAGCUCACUUGGUUCUCUAAAGUCAAUUAAUUUGCAAGCAUCUAUGGAUUCCAUUCACGUCCACUUUCCAGAACAGGCAACAGCCCGAAGAUCAAGUUCAACAGGUUCACAGAUCUCAAAUCGAUCAUCCCAUAGGUCACAAAGAGGAAGCAUAAGUACUCGAAACAGCAGCAGUCGGAAAGGAAGUGGGUCCCUCAGUGUUCAACCAAAGAAUAAAAGAGAGCUUUUAUUGGAAAAGUUAAGAGAACAAAUGAUAAAGGCAAAGGCCAUUAUUAUCGCCAAAAUACUUCAAAUCUAUUUCCCAAUCAGACAUUUCUUCUACAACAUCAUCCACCCAGAGUACAGUGCGGUGACAGAUGUUUAUGUGUUGAUGUUCAUGGCUGAUGUGGUGGACUUCAUUGUUAUUGUCUUUGGUUUUGGAGCGUUUGGGAAACAUUCAGCAGCUGCUGACAUAACAUCAUCUUUGUCAGAGGAUCAAGUGCCAGAGGCAUUUUUGGUGAUGCUGAUAAUUCAGUUUGGAACAAUGGUGGUAGACCGAGCACUCUACCUCAGAAAGACAGUCUUAGGAAAAGUUAUCUUCCAAGUCAUCCUUGUUUUUGGAAUCCACUUCUGGAUGUUCUUUAUCUUGCCAAGGGUGACAGAGCGAAAAUUUAGCCAGAACUCAGUUGCACAGGUUUGGUACUUUGUUAAAUGUGUUUACUUUGGAUUGUCAGCAUAUCAGAUACGUUGUGGUUACCCAACACGUGUCCUUGGUAACUUUCUGACUAAGAGCUACAACUAUAUCAACUUGUUCCUGUUUCAAGGAUUCCGACUGGUGCCUUUCCUGACUGAGUUAAGAGCAGUGAUGGACUGGGUCUGGACAGACACAACCCUUAGUCUUUCAAGCUGGAUCUGUAUAGAGGACAUUUAUGCCCAUAUUUUUGUUUUGAAGUGCUGGCGUGAAUCUGAAAAGAGAUAUCCUCAGCCACGAGGGCAGAAGAAAAAGAAGGUUGUAAAAUAUGGCAUGGGUGGUCUCAUCGUCUUUUUGUUAAUCUGCAUUGUGUGGUUCCCGCUCCUCUUCAUGUCAUUGAUAAAGUCUGUUGCUGGUGUGACAAACAGACCUUUGGACGUUUCUGUUACAAUCACCAUUGGAGGCUAUCAGCCCAUCUUUACAAUGAGUGCCCAGCAGAACCAGCUGCAAGAUUUGGAUCAUACUGAGUACAACAGACUUUUAAAGGAAUUUCAUGAUAAUUCUGGUGCUCUGCAGUUUCUGGAUGCCUACAUGAAAGAAGACAUUUUGAUUGCAAAACUUGAAGGAAAUUCAAAUUCUCUUUGGACCAUCAGUCCACCAAGUCGAUCCAAAAUGAUAGAAGGAUUGAGUGAUAACACGUCAUCUGUCUCCAUUGUUGUUGCAUGGUCUAUUCAAAGGAAUGUCACUCUUGGUGGAAAAUCUGAAAUUGCUUCUAAUAAAUUAUCAUUCCCUGUUCCACCAAAAACCAAAACUGAGCUUGCGGAGUUGAUGGAAGGGGGCAACAAAUCUGUAAAAAUUUCAAAGAUAUUUCCAAACUAUAUCAGAGCUCCCAGCGAUUCUGACACAAAGCCUGUGAAACAACUUUAUGUUCAUGGUGAUGACUACUGUGAACUUAAUUUAAUGCUGGUUCAGGAAAAAAGCAAUGUUACAGGACUCAUACAGGAAUGGUGGAUUGUUAAUCAGACCAACAAGUUUCUCAAAAAUGAUAAAAAGGAAAGUUUAGAAAUUAUUGUAUUCAGUGAUAAAGUUAGUCCUCCAAGUCUUGGCUUCCUGGCUGGCUAUGGCAUUAUGGGUCUCUAUGCAUCAGUUGUGCUAGUCAUUGGAAAGUUUGUGCGCGAGUUCUUCAGUGGGAUCUCUCACUCCAUCAUGUUUGAGGAGCUACCAAACGUGGACCGAAUCUUGAAGCUAUGCACAGAUAUCUUCCUGGUUCGAGAGACUGGAGAGUUAGAACUGGAGGAGGAUCUGUAUGCUAAGCUCAUCUUCUUAUAUAGAUCACCAGAAACUAUGAUCAAAUGGACACGCGAAAAGACGAAGUGACCAAUCUUACUGAUCUGGAUGUAAAAUUCUAAUUUGGAGAUUUUAAAAAAAAAGCACAAUAUCACAGAAAAGCUGAGUUAUUCACAGUUAGGUGAUAGGAGCUUUUCCUUCUGGAGCCCAGGCAGUUGUACGUUUCUCAAGUCCUCUCUGCCUACAGUCUCCCUCUGCUGACAGUGUAAGACUGGUGUUUGUGCCACCAUUCAGCCCUGGUUAUGGAGUUGAUUCCAGAUAGUAGCUGAAUCCAGUUUCUUUUCACUUUCAGAUAGCCAAAAUCAGGGCUUCCGAAAUGCUAACCUUCCUUGCAGAUAUCAUCUGUAUCAAUCCUUUGAAUUUUCUUUAUGAUUUUUGAGCGACACAACUUCAUGUCAAUACCACCCAGUUUUCGGGGAAGAAGACCUGGAGUGAUUCUAUAAUGGCCAAUGAAAGAAGACAUCAUCAAAGAUUAAGGACAUCACAGGUCUCCACUGAUGAAUGAAUUUACUGACGAGCUUAAGCGAGGGAAAUAAUUUAACAAUUUAUUUUACAUGACUUAUUUGUACAGGCAAUAGAAAAGUAUCACCUUAUCAGUGAGCUUUCUCAGGAAGAGUUAUUUUAUCAAAGGCUUAUCUGUCUUCUGUAUCUUCAAUAUCUUAUAAAAAAAACAAAGUGGGUUUACAUUAAUGCUUCAAAACAUACUUCUCCUAGAUAAAGGCUCCUGUGGUACUCACAAAAGUACUUGAAACCAGAAGUCACCAAAACGUUCAGAAUUUACUUGAACCUCUGAAAGGCAAAUCUUUCAAUAGCUUUUCUCUUUGAUUAAACUGAAGCUAACAUAACUUUUUUCUUAAUGAGCCCACAGUGUCAUCAAUUAUUUUGAUAGGAAGACUCCAACCAUAACUGUUUCAUUUCCAUCUCCUUUUCACCUAUUCCAUUUGUCUGGUUAGAACCUGAGUGAUGUGUUUCCAACUGUUAUGAUGAUCCAUCUUCAACCAAUUAUUGGAAUAUAUGGUGAUAUAUUCCAAGGUGAUAAUUUGCUGAUUUUCUUACUGGGAACCAUGUGGCCUCUUCUAAUGGAUAUUACCCAUGACAGCCUAACCAGUAUCAGGAACUUGCUUAUAGGGGUUUGAUGGGCACAUUCACGUGCUUUCACUCUGGCACAGUAAAGUGGAUUUAUCUUGUGUCACAGUAUUAGAAUGAAUAAUAACUGGAGUCAAUAUAAAAGGAUAUUAUGUAACCAUUCAUAUUGCAUAAUAUUCUGAAAAAUAGACUGCCUGACUUUUGGAUAGAAGAUUUACUUGGCUUAAAGUUUGACUUUUCUCUGCAUAUUUCCACAUGCAAAUUGUUAUUGCUACAAUUUUCAAGGUAACUAAAACCCUGAAAAGGGCAAAAUAUACAUGUAUCUUAAGAUUUAAUUUUAAUCUACUUAUCUGAAUGCAAACAUGUUCAAGAUUAAUAACACUGUUUUGGUUUAGAAAUAAUGGUGUAUUUCUAAGGAUUAUAUUAUUGAUGAGUAGAAUUAUAGCACAAGCACAGACCCAAAGUGAGAAAACUCUUUUAAAAACAGGCAAUUACAGCAAAGGUUACUGCAACCAAGAAGGAAUUGUGUGUGUAAUUUGCCAUGCUUCUUAAAGGUAGCACUGGCUCAUUACCAAUGUGGCCAACUAUUUUCAUGUCAGUUAUUGGUUUCUGACAACUAUUACACAUUUGUAUUGUUAAUGUAAAGCAAGGAUUGAAACUCAACUUCCUCUUUGGCAGUUUUCCUACCGAAGGUAACUCACCAAAUAUUCCUGUAACUUGGUUGCACAAACAAAUCCAGUUGGUGAAGAUUUAAUCGUCAGGUUAAUAAUGCAAUUUGUCUUUGCUUAUGUCUGUCUCAUAGAGAUCCAGAUAGAAGUUUGGCAAUCACAGCACUGAUUUCCAUGUAAGAAAAUGUGCUAAAUAAUUGACCUAUAACUUAGAAAACUAACACAGGGCUACCGUAAGUUUCAAACAACAUUAAGGGUUAUUGUCUUAAAACCAAACAAAAAUCCAAGUUAGCCUUCAAAACCCUUUAAUCUUGCAAUAAUAGUUUUAGAAACUGUUUUUAAGAUCACUUUAUAAAUUUGUUUGAAGAUGAAAAUAGCAUUCAAGAGUCAAUUUUUUUUUCCAGAUACAGCUGUUUUACUGAUUUCUCAUCUUUCAAAGUUCUGGUUGCUUAGAAAAUCAAAUGAAAAGCAAUGUUUUUUUCCCAUUCUACAAGUAGCUUGACUAUAUUUAUUGGAAGGAAUUGGCUAUUUUCAACAAUAUAGAUAGGCUAAGUCCAUGAUCCAACUCACCAUACUAUGUGUAUUACAGUGGAUGAUUUUAAGUCAAAACUGAAAAUGAACAAUAAUAGUUGGUGCAACUAAGUUUUGUAUGACAAAGGAUAACAUUACCUUAUGGAUUUCAAUAGUAGAGUGUUAAGGUGUAUUUAUAUUUCAAGUUUAUUCAUGAACUUCUGGAAUACUGAAAUUAGUUUUAGAAAAUAUGCAAUAAGCUUUGCUUCUAGUUGGAUUGCUCUUUUUUUUUCCUUAACCUGAUGCUGUCUACCAGACCCAGACAAUUGUGGCUCUACUGUCAAUAGUUACCAGUGAAAAUAUGUCCCUGUUUUAUAUUUGUUUCUAAAACAUCUCACAGUGAUUGACAUUUUCAAUAAAAUUUCAUGAAA